UCCAGUCAGCAACAUGGCGAGAACUGGGGCCUUGGCAGGUCUGAGCCUUCUGCUGUUGAUCCAGUGGGGCUCUGCUGCAAAGCUGGUCUGCUACUUUACUAACUGGGCCCAGUACAGGGAGGGAGCAGCUCGCUUCCUGCCCCAGGAUGUGGACCCCAACCUGUGCACCCACCUCAUCUACGCCUUCGCUGGCAUGACCAACCUGCAGCUCAGCAGCACGGCGUGGAAUGACGACGUCCUCUACAAGGACUUCAACGGUCUGAAGAAGACGAACCCCAAGCUGAAGACCCUGCUGGCUCUUGGAGGCUGGAACUUUGGCACUCAGAAGUUCACAGAGAUGGUGGCCACAGCCAACAACCGCCAGACAUUCAUCAACUCGGCCAUCCAGUUCCUGCGCAAACACAACUUCAAUGGCCUUGACCUGGACUGGGAAUACCCAGGCAGCCGGGGAAGCCCGGCCUCAGACAAGCAGCGCUUCACAGACCUGGUGCAGGAGUUGGCCAGUGCCUUCCAGCAGGAAGCCCAGCAAUCAGGGAAGGAGCGUCUCCUGCUGAGUGCGGCGGUCUCUUCAGGGCGGACCAUUGUGGAUGCUGGCUACGAGGUGGACAAAAUUUCUCAGGGCCUGGAUUUCAUCAACCUCAUGGCCUACGACUUCCACGGCAGUGGGGAGCAGAACACAGGGCACAACAGCCCACUCUACAGCAGGCAGGGCGAGAGCGGGCCUGCGGCUGAACUCAAUGUGGACUUUGCCGUGCAAUACUGGCUGCAGAAGGGGGCUCCUGCCAACAAACUGAUCCUUGGCAUGCCCACCUACGGACGGUCCUUCACCCUGGCUUCCUCAUCAAACACUGGAGUGGGGGCUUCAGCUACAGGGCCCGGGACCCCCGGGGCCUUCAGUAAGGAGGCAGGGGUGCUGUCCUACUACGAGGUCUGUUCCUGGAAGGGGGCCACCAAGCUCAGGAUCCAGGACCAGAAGGUGCCCUACGCCUUCCAGGGCACCCAGUGGGUGGGCUUCGAUGAUGUGGAAAGCUUCAAAACAAAGGUCAGCUAUCUGAAGCAGAAGGGCCUGGGCGGGGCCAUGGUGUGGACACUGGACUUGGACGACUUCGGGGGCUCCUUCUGCAACCAAGGCCGAUACCCGCUCAUCCAGACGCUGAAGCAGGAGCUGAGUCUCCCCUAUGUGCCUUCAGGCCCCACAGAGCCUGACGUGCCCACACCAGAGCACCCCUCUGAGCCCGAGAGUGGGCCCAGCCCUGGAGAAGAUACCUUCUGCCAGGGCAGAGCUGAUGGCCUCUACCCCAACCCUCGGGAUCGCUCCGGCUUCUACAGCUGUGCGGGCGGCCGGCUGUUCCGGCAGAGCUGCCCAGCAGGCCUGGUGUUCAGUUCUGCCUGUCAAUGCUGCACCUGGGGUUGAGUCCCAGGCCUCUACCGCCCGGCUCCCCAGUGUGCCCCCUGGCUUUCCCUCGGUGCUAUUCUCCAUGCUCGCCUGGCUCCUCCUGCCUUGGUCUCAGGGCUGCCUCUCUCACUUGCACAAUAAAGCUGGUUCGCUCCCCUCCUCCAGGUGCCAUGGUGCCUAGAGACCCUCCAAGACCAGGCAGGCUCUCUAGCGGCCCUGGGAAAGCCUGGGGUCCAAGAGGAAGGGGGGGGGGGGCGGGGCUGAAACACCUGCAGAUCCGAGCUGGGUGAGGAAGUGGUGUGCCCAAGGACCAACAUCAGACACUUUCUCUCACCCCUGGCUCUGAAGUCUGUGGAGAGAGAACUUUCCUGCAGGCGUCUGCACAGGUGUUGUUCUCAAUGUGCACACGAGAUGGCAGCAGCGAUGAGCUUUCCCCCUGCUCUAAGGGCUCCCUCUGCAGUUAACCUGGGCAUUAGAAUGAAAACAUUAGAACAGACUCCCUAUCCAUGGGAGGGUAGAACUGAGCCCCUUAGGUUUUCAGUGGCUGGUUCUUCCGAAACAGAUCCAUCACCAAGCCUUGCUUUUGAGGGGCCUCUGGGUGGGCUCCAACUUCCAACUUUCUGGCUGAGAGUGUGCAUUCUUUGCCCCACCCAAGGAUCUUUGACCUAAGUCCUUGUCCAGCCUCUUCAAAAAUGUCUUCUCUAACCUCCUGCUUCCUUCAGCCAGGUGAGGCAGGCGCAAUCAUUACCCUCAUUUUGCAGAUAUUUAGGCUGAAGACUGAUGCUACCCUAGCUGCUUUCUGGGGCGACAGAAGCAGACCAGGUCCUGGAUCAAUAAAGAGCAACUGCGCUGUGACAUGCA